AUCCCCACACAGCCACCCCCGGCAACGUCAACCCUUACAAAAGAUUCUUCCCUCAUAGUGAUGCCGGGCCAUGCUAGGCCUCAUGGCGACUGCAACCCCCCCUACACAUCCACUCUAUGGUGACUUACCCUGUCUGCCGCCCCACAGAAGAACCCUCACCCAUCUAGCCAUAAGUGGCACCUUCCCCAGCCCCACGUGUGCCUCCUCAACAGAUGCCCCGCUGUGACGUCAAGGCAACCCUGGCCACCGCACGGGGACGUCAACUCCCGCGCAGCCAACAGUGCCAGCCUGUAACAAUUAUCACCCCAUGCCCCCCACUCUCCUGACAGUCCCACCCCUUUGCCGCAGAAUUGUAUGGGAGGUGGGGGGUCGCGUGUUCGGAGCCAGAGUGACAGUGGGGCGGCCAGGGGUGCAGGAUGCAUGGCCCAUAUGUGAUCUUGACCCUGACGCAAGCCAUACCCUUGGUGCACAAGAUGAGGGGGGUCGGGGGCAGAUCCUGAGGCAGGGCCCCAGCCCCCUGCUUUGUCUGAGCUGAGCAGCUAUGGGCAUGCCUAGGGCCUGGGCUCUGUCCCUGGGGUCAGGAAUGGCCCUUGUGUUCACUCACUGCUCCCCCCUCAGGCUCACGGACCAUGGAGGAGAGCGGCGACCCCUCCAGCACAGCAAGGCCGCGCAUUCAGUGCUGCCCCUCGGACUCCACCACAGAUGACGGCAGUGCCCAGGACAACUGUGCCCCGCCUGCCCCUGCCCGCUCCCCGACCUGUGCCCGCUGCCGCAACCACGGCAUCCGUGUCCUGCUCAAGGGCCACAAGAAGGGCUGCCAGUUCCAGGGCUGCCAGUGUGACAAGUGCAUCCUCAUUCUGCAGCGCCGGCGUGUCAUGGCUGCCCAGGUGGCCCUGCGCAGGCAGCAGGAGACGGAGCUGAGGAAGCAGCUGGCCAGAGGUUUGCUGCGGCUCAGGGAUGGCUCUGCCGUGGCCUCUCUGGGCUUGGCCAAUCCCCGCGAAGGGGCCAAGCCAAAGGAGCAAGCAGCUGCAGCCGCAAAGGAAAAUGCAGAGCCGGGCUCCACGGCUGGACCUACCCAUCAGGGGUCUGCAGGGCCCACCGGCCACCGGAGUCACCAACCUGCCAGAAGGGUGAUGAGGGGGAAGAGUGUUGCAUGUGGCCCUGAGGAAAGCCCCUGGCUGCCUCUUCCUCACCAGCCUGAGAUGACUCAGCUGCCCUGGCCCCUUGGAGAAUGCCAGCCGCCCUAUGCACCUUGGUUCCUUCCAGCUCUUCCCCUGCCCCCACCCGUCCUCUGCCAGGUGUUGCCCCAGGAGCCUCCCCUUUGCUUCACAGCUCACCCAGGUUGUGAUGGCAGCAAGGUGACACAUGCCCCAGGGGGUCUCGUGGCAGUCCCAGGACGGCUGUUCCAGCAGGCACCAAGCCCCGCCUGGUUCCCACCAGCAGCCUCUGCAUCCACUGAACUGCUUGGCCGCCUGGCGCUGAGUCCCUUGGAUGGGAACAUGGAUUUGAGCAGCCACCUGGAGUCGACACUGCCAGGAGCCCAGCCUCCUUUCUCCGCGGCUCACCUCCCGCUCAGGUGCACCAGGGGGCUUGUCUUCUCUCCCGUCUCCGAAGAGCAGCUGCAGAAGGAGGCUGCCGAGGCCUUGAUGGUGCUGAGAAAUUCCCCCCAGCUGGCCCCCUCUGCUGCCAUGCCAGACUUCCUGCCCCUCACUGGCACUGCACCCCCCAUUCCGGCCUUUCGUGCUUUCACCCCUCCUCCUGGAGACCCCGGGAACAUGGGGGCGUCUGAUCCCACCCAGCAGCAGGCCCUGAAGGCCCCUGGGGACAAGGCUUUGCCAGCAGAGCUGGCUGGCGCUGGUGGGCAGCAGGGCUCGGGACGUGUGCGCCCCGGUUUGCUGCGCUGCAGGACUCUUCCUCAGUCACGCAAGAACUUCCGCCUGGUCUCGACAGCUCCACAGGGAGUCGCAACCCUGAUGGUUUCCAACAUCCAGGUCUUCAAACCUGGUUCCAGCCCCCGGGGGAUUCCCAUCCAUGAUGCCCCCCAUCCCGUCCCUUCUGACUCCCUGGGCUCCACUGCACAGGCCCUCUGCAUGGCACAGGCUGCGGAUCCCGGUGGGAUUCCAGAGACAGCUGCGUCCGCCCCGGAUCCAGCUCGCGCUGCCUCUGCUCUCAGCAGCCCUCGGUCCCUGCCCUUGUGCGCCCCUCCCGCAGAAAUGCCCAUCUCCCCGCUGCCCACGCAAAGCCCCCCUGUCACGCUCCCCAGCCUGUCCUUACUGACUCCCAGCCCAUGCCUCAUUACCCACCAGCCCCUCCCAGACACUGUGCUUGCCCCAAGGUUCAAGGCCCAGCAGGGCCCUGCGAGCCAGGGGAGCGGCCAUGGCAGCAAGGGGCAGGUGGCAGAGGAGAGCAGCAGAAGCAGGGCACCUGGGACCUGGGGCCUGGCAGGUACAGUGUGA